UCGAAUGUAUACCCGGAAGUGUCAAAAUAUUCCGGGAGAUCUAAACAUGGCGUCGAGGGAGUUACUGGCUUCAGACAUGAACACUUCAACACUAUCUAUAAACCUAUGUCCGAUGUUCCCUGGUAAUCCGGAUCACUGUGAUACUGUGGUUCUGGUGAGGAAAGUGGCAGCAUCCUUCUCGUUCAUCGGAUGUCUCUUCAUGAUCUUCGUCAUCUGGCUCUUCAAGAAAUACAUCGUGUUUACACAGAGGCUGAUCUUGUACCUGAGUAUCAGUGCACUAUUGGACAGCAUCUCCUAUCUUAUGAGUGACAUGAUUCCUGAUAGUACUCUGUGUAACUUUCUUGGAUGGUGGUUGACAUUUUUUGACUGGACGGUGCUGCUGUGGGUGAGCUGCAUCACCUUCAACCUCUUCAUGAACGUCAUCAGGACUACCACUACAGAGAAGUUUGAGUGGGCCUACCAUAUUUUGUGCUGGGUGUUUUCGUUUGUGAUGUCCUGCCUGCCUUUCAUCAACGACCGCUAUGGGCCUGCUGGAGCCUGGUGCUGGAUUGUGGAAGACUGGAGAUGGAGGCUGGGCAUCUGGUACGGCCCUCUGUUCAUCAUAAUUGCCUUGCUGUUUGUUGCCUAUAUCUAUAUCUCCGUCAUGCUCCACAGGAAGGCCAACACAUGGGAAGGAACGUACGACCCUGACACGGAACGAGAACAUCAAAUGCUCAAGGAGGAUAUCAAGCCCCUAAGAUUCUACCCGUUUGUGUACUUGGCAGUGUCUAUCUUUCCACUCAUCAACAGGUAA